UGUCUGUGUUUAAUACUUCGAAGCCGUACGAGGCAGUUCUACAAAUGUUUUUUAAUGCCAUGUGGAGCGGCUGGCCAAGAGCCAGAAGGGUGUGUUAGGAAAUUAAGUGAGAGACCCAGUGCUUGGUUCGAUAAAUGUAACAAAAUCGGUGUCUUAGAUGCUGAAAUGAGUUACUAUGAUUCGAGUAAGUUCAGCAAGCCUAAAAUCGGACCGGAACAGGCGGCUGUGGUAUUCUUGCACGGGAACCCAACAUCUUCGUUCCUGUGGAGAAAUAUUAUACCACAUGUCGAAGGGUUGACACGCUGCUUAGCACCUGAUUUAAUUGGCAUGGGUCGCUCUAGUAAACAGAAGAAUAACUCGUACCGAUUUUCGGAUCAUUACCGGUAUCUAUCUGCCUGGCUUGAAAGUGUCGAUCUACCAGAGAAAGUCGCAAUAGUGUGUCAUGAUUGGGGUUCGGGUCUUGGGUUCCAUUGGUCUCACCAGAAUCCAUCCAGAGUGAAAGGAAUCGUCCACAUGGAGAGCAUAGUGGCAGUUGUGCCUUCAUGGGAAGCCUUCCCAGAAAUUGCACAAAAUAUCUUCCAAGCAAUGCGAUCUGAAGCUGGUGAAGAAAUGGUGCUAGAAAAUAAUUUUUUCGUUGAGAGGCUUCUCCCCACGAGUGUAAUCCGUGAAUUGUCUUCAGAGGAAAUGACUUGUUAUAGAGAGCCAUUCUUAAACAAAGGAGAAGAUAGACGACCUACUCUUACAUGGCCAAGAGAAAUUCCUGUCGCUACAGAAGGUCCCCAAGAUGUUGUUGAUAUUGUCAAUGCCUAUCAAACAUGGCUGUCAAAAUCCGCUGACAUUCCAAAAUUGUACAUAAAUGCUGAGCCAGGGUUCUUUAGUUCUGGGAUCAGAAAAGUUACUGAGAACUGGCCAAAUCAUGAAACUCUCUCUGUUAAAGGAUUGCAUUUUAUCCAAGAAGACUCGCCAGAUGAUAUUGGAAAAGCAGUUCACCACUUUCUGAAGAAACUUUAUUUGUAAAAUAUACAUCGAGUGGAAAACACCAUGAUGAUGCCUUACAUUUUCUCACAUUUAUUAUACCUAGUAAAAUAUAAACAUCCAGGGUUCCAGCUUGUAAUUGGUUGUUAUACAGUACAAGUCUGUUGACAUAUGACUUUGUAAUUUGUUAUAUAACUGAUUAUAGUCUGUAUGUUUCCAGAAUUAAUAAGCAGCCUGUUCAAUGAAUGAAAACCUUGUUUUUUUUUAAUAUAAGGUAGAAAUAGAAGAAAUCAAUAAUUUAAUGUGAAACAAUAAAAGAAAAUUGCAGGUUGCAAAACAUCUCUUAUAUUGACUUCUUGUCAGUGUCCCACAAAACCAUCUCAAGAAAAAUAUGGAAUGUUUAAAAUUGAAUAGCAAUUUAAAAGGUACAAUGAGUUGGAAUGUGUAAUUUCUCUUAAUUUUGAAAUAUUAUCAUGAUGUUAUGUGAUUUGUGUUAUGAUAACUUGACAUGAUUAGUAUGCACUUAAUCAAUUCAAGAAUAAAAAUGUUUGGAACAAGUGGUUUGGAAUGAUGUUGUAGCACAGUGAAUGGGAAACUAAUUAAUAAUUUGUAGAAAGUGCCACUCUAGAAUGAUAGGUGCCUCUCUUGAAUAGCCUCACACUGCAGCUUCACAUUCAAAAAUGUUAUUAGUACCAUGGUGCUUAUUUGGUCUGUUAGAGAAAUGUAUAAAUGCACUUUGCUUAGAAUUUGAAGUUUAUUGAUAUUUGAACAUUUGUAUACGAACUGUUUACAAAAACAUGCAAAUUGAAUACCAAAUCAAAUACAAAUAGUCGAAAGUCGAAGUCGAUAUUGCUUCCACGGUUACAAUGAAUUAUUCAUUAUGUCAGUGGUAUCCUUGAAAUUUCAAAAAAAAUAUAGUCAGUCAAUUACAGCUUGGACACGGAUAGGUCUGUCUGUUUCGACUUAUUUACGAGUGAUACCACAAGUUUACGAACUCCGACGUUACUUGACGCAAUCUCGCCAUGACAUUAUGAUAAUGAUAAAUUAAGUAAAUCACCUUUAUGUAUGUGAAAUAAAAAUGCUAACUA